AGCCGUCUGCAGGCAAACCAAACCCAUCCGCGGCUGAUGCUUCUCACUGAGUUUGUGUGCUGAAGGAGAGAGAGCUGUCCUGUCUGCUGUCGGGAGACAUCCGAGAAAAAACUGCAAACGGAGUGUAAAAGAAAAUUCACAACCGUUUCCUGGAUCUCAAACUUCACAAGAAACCCUACCACAGUUCCUCCUGGUGUGUGUGUGUGUGUGUGUGUGUGAUUGGGACCUGGUGUGUGUCAGCGUGCUAUGGUGAGGCGAUGUGCACAGGCUGGCGUGAGGAGAGAUGUACCAGCGUCAGUGGAGGAAGACGGAGAGGUAAAGGAGCUGAUCUUCAUUCAUGGCUGCAUGUCUCGCUCUUACUCUCGGUUCUGUGGGGCCAAGUGUCCCCUCAGUGCCCGGAGAGCUGCCACUGCGCCUGGGACACGGCCACGGUGCUGUGCUCUGACGCCGGGCUGCGAGAGAUCCCAGAGGGGAUACCACCAGAAACUGUGUCCCUUCACCUGGAUCGCAACUACAUCCGGAACAUCCCCGAGAGUGCCUUCAGUGACCUGGUCCACCUGCGUGACCUGUACCUGUCCCACAACCGCAUCGAUUCGCUCGCCUCGGGGGCCCUGCGGCACCUGGGGCCCGAGCUACGCCUGCUGGACCUCUCACACAACCAGCUGAGGCAGGCCAGCAGGGAGGAGUUCGGCACCACUCGCGCAAAGACACGCCUCUACCAUAACCCCUGGCACUGUGACUGCGCCCUCCAGGAGCUGAUGGAGACUCUGAACCUGGAGCCUGAGACAGUGAAUGGGAUUGUGUGUGAGAGCUCUGUGAGGGGGGUCGGCGAGGGCAGCAGGUGGGAGGACCCAGGGUCGCAGGGCGAGCACGCAGGUCAACCACUGGUCAAACUGUUGGAUUCUGGGGUGAAUUUCUGCAGCCUCCAGCGGAAAACCACUGAUGUAGCGAUGCUGGUGACAAUGUUUGUGUGGUUCUUCAUGGUCAUCGUGUAUGUGGUGUACUAUGUGAGGCAGAACCAGGCCGAGGCCCGCAGGCAUUUGGAGUACCUGAAAAGUUUACCCAGCCCGCGCAAGACCCCCACAGAGACAGACACUCUGAGCACUGGUUUCUGAACUCCUGCUCAGCUGCAGUUUUGAUGGAAUUAGAAGCAAAUAGUGUUUUUUUUUUUUGGAGAGCGACUGAUAAACUUCAAAAUGCUGUGUGGAGUUACUGGAAAAUGCUGAUCCAGAGGAAAUUAACCCUUUACAGAUGACUUUUGUGAUUACAUUUGUUAAAACUGAGCCCCACUUUCUUUAUAUUUCUUUACCUUUUGCAUUUUUUUCAAUUUAAAGUUCCAGUGUGUUGGGUUUAGGGGGUUAUAUUGAAAUUGAACUUGAUAUAAGAAUGUUUUCUGUACUGUACCUGAAAAUGAGAAUUGUGCUUUUGUUACCUUUGAAUGAGGUCUUUAUAUCCACAAAGGGAGCAGGCCCUCAUCCAUUCGAUGUGUUUGAGACACCUGGAUGCAGCAUAGGGGGUCCUAAUUAUACCUACAAAAGUUGCAUAGUGGUGCAUGAUAUAAAAAAAAAAAGCUCUAUUUCCACGGUAUGAAAUUAACCGAAUCUUCUACAUUGUGAGGCCCAUAGUAAGGGUAUUAAAGAUGUAUGGUGGCCGUGUGCAGCCAAAUAUGACUGAGCAGCAAAUUUGCAAUUUGGUGUUCCACUGAAUUGAAUGAGGAUAAAAUGAUUUAAUCUUGCAGCUCUUCUAGACUUUCAUAUGUUAUUGGACCAAAUAGAUCAAAUCCUGAUAGUGUAAUGAAUUGUUUUUCAGGGGUUUGAGAUUCAAAAAAAGUGUACCUAUUGAUUUUGAGACAUCUCUUUCACAUUGUAAAUCUAUGUGGAAAAGCUUUUGGGGCCAAACGGUAUCACAGUGUAAUUCCACUAUAUAAAACUGGCUUUUAAGCCUGGCGCUGUUUCUGGUGUUUUGCCUUGUCCAUGGAAUCUACCAUGUUGCACCGCCAUGUUUCUACAGUAGCCCAAAUGGACAAACCAAACACUGGCCCUAGAUAGGAGUCAUUCGUGUUUACACGUCAGCAAAGUUAGCAGCCCCUCCAUGACAAAGAGU